AUGCCACAUAGCCAGGAGAAUCAAGGUCUGGAUAGAGGAUUUCCUCACCUAGAGCUUGUCAUGGCCUGCUCCAUCUCCAGAUUGCACCCUACUGAAAACAUCUGGAAUGACAUCAAGAGGAAGAUGGAUGGUUCUGAACUGUUUGUACUGCAUGGAAAAGACCUACAUUUGGAAGUCAAGAAACCCAUUAAAAUCACAAAAGACACAGAUUUUUUUUGGACAUUUGUUAAUGCUUACAUACUUAGAUUUACUGACGAUAGAAGGAAAUUUUUUUAUAACAAGUAUAAAGGAAGGGUGGACUUUCAUGAAGGAAACUACUCUCUGCUACUAAAAAAUGUACAACCCAACGACAGUGGAACUUAUAGAGCAAUACUGAGUCACGAAGAAGACAAAACGGUAGCUGAAUACAAAGUCAUAAUCCAAGAUGAAGUGUCUUCAGUAAACCUGACAGCGACCACCAUCUACUCCUCGUCCUCCUCCUGUAACCUUACUGUGACCUGCAGCACAGUGGACUCUAACAUCAGCAUAACUCUCCACUGUGACAACCAGAGCUGCUCUCUGGUGAAAGAAACAAGCUUGGCACCCACAAUCCCGUCUUCCUCUCUCAAGUUUCACUUGCAGCAAGACUACAUCAUCUGCAAUCAUAGCAACCAAGUGAGCUGGAAACAUGAUAAUAAGGAGCUCAAAUCUUACUGUGAGACAGAAUCAGAUCAACAAAUCUACCCUGAGCAGAGCUGUGAAAAGAUAUUUUGUCACUUAGCCACCAGACCUAUGAUUAGGAUAAUUGCAUCAUCAUCAGUGUUUCUAGCUCUGAUGGCUUUGACUGUCAUUUUCUUCAUAACAUGGAAAAGAAACAGCAAUAUAAAUACAGUGAAUGUAAUUUCUGAGGAAAUUGAACUGGACCAAAACGUAUAUGAGAAUUUUGCAGGUGAUGCUUGAGGUAUUCAUCCCAGAUCCACUUACGCCUGUAGUUUCCCGUCAGACCUCUGCUGAAACCAAACACAUCCUCACCAGAGUCGGUGUACAUGCCGGUUCAAAGAGCUGUCACAACCAGAAAGAUGAGAAACACAAAUAUGAUGAAUUUACAAGAUUUAACAUGUAAAUAUUGAAUAGAAACAUUGCAAAUUUAUGGUUUUCUGUUGGUGUCAUGUAGUAGACUGGACCUUCUGAAGGGUUAAUAUAUUUAUUGCUUAGGCACUGAAAACAGUAUAAUGAAAUGACUGAAGUAGAACUUGAUCCCAUGUGUUAUAUAACAGAAUUUUAAAUAAGCACCUGUCUCCUGAAACACAAACGACUGCAAUGUCUUUUACUUCAGUAUAGUAAAAUAUUGUAUUAGAAAAUCUGAGCUUUUAAUUAAUUCAAAGUGGAUCCAUCACAUAUGUUAAAUUUUCUUUGCUUGUGUUACUGUACACUAACCUGUUCAUUCCAGUCUUGCUGAUGCUUGUUUAAAACAUAUUGCCAUU